GAGAGCGGCGCGCUCUCGCGUCGGGAGGGCAGUCACCGGCUCGGCGCACGCGAGGGUCGGGCGCGCGCAGGUGGCACGCGGGCCAAAGUCCUUAGAGGCGCUGCGGGCGGUGCCGAGACACCCGCGCGGCUGCAGGAGCCGCAGCUCGCACCCGCUGCAGCGCCCGUCGCAGUCAGCGCGCCCCGCGCCGCCCGCGUCCCCCACGCCCUGAGGGAGACCCCCCACCCCUCGCCUGCUCCAGCGGUGCGCGCCAUGGCCCCGCGCAAGAAUGCCAAGGGCGGCGGCGGCAACAGCAGCAGCAGCAGCAGUUCCAGCAGCCCGAGCAGCUGCACCAGCGGCGGCAGCAGCAGCCCCGGGGCCCGGAAAGAGACAAAGCAUGGAGGACACAAGAAUGGGAGGAAAGGAGGACUUUCUGGAAGUUCGUUUUUCACGUGGUUUAUGGUCAUUGCAUUGCUCGGAGUCUGGACAUCGGUAGCUGUGGUCUGGUUUGAUCUUGUUGAUUACGAGGAAGUGCUGGCCAAAGCAAAGGACUUCCGUUAUAACUUAUCAGAGGUACUUCAAGGAAAACUGGGAAUCUAUGAUGCUGAUGGUGAUGGAGAUUUUGAUGUAGAUGAUGCCAAAGUUUUAUUAGGCUUUAAAGAAAGAUCUGCUCCAAAGCCAACAGUCCCACCAGAAGAGGCCGAGCCGUACCCUUGGCUGGAGGAUCAGGUCCUGGAGGGGCCAGGGCUUCCGAAUAUUGAGGAUGAAGUACAAGAACAAGUUCAGUCACUUCUUGAUGAAACGGUAUACGCAGAACAUGGAGAGGACCUACACCAAGAACAGGAUGGAGCAGCAGGAGAACUACAGCCCGAAGACGGUAUCUUUGCAGAAAGUGAUACAGAUGACAGAUACCAACCUGUGGGGACUGGAGCAGUGCAUGAAGUAACUGAAGAUAGCUACCAUGUAGAAGAGACAGCUUCACCAGCCUACAGUCAGGAUAUGGAAGACAUAAUAUAUGAACAGGAAAAUCCAGAUUCCAGUGAACCAGUGGUAGAUGAUGCUGGAAGAAUGUAUCAACAAGCAGAUGACAUCACCUACCAAGAGUAUGAUGAGCAAGCGUUUGAGCCAUCGGAAAAUGAAGGGACAGAAAAUUCAGAUAAUGCUGUAGAUGACUCAAACACAAUUUUAGAAGAGGUGCACGUGCCCCAUGCGGAGGAACAGCGAGAAGUACCACCAGAAACAAAUAAGAAAACAGAUGAUCCAGAAAAAAAAGAAAAAGUGAAGAAAAAGAAGCCUAAACUAUUAAAUAAAUUUGAUAAGACUAUUAAAGCUGAACUCGAUGCUGCAGAGAAACUCCGUAAACGGGGAAAAAUUGAGGAAGCAGUGCAUGCGUUUGAAGAACUGGUUCAGAAGUACCCUCAGAGUCCAGGAGCGCGAUACGGGAAAGCAAAGUGUGAAGAUGAUUUGGCUGAGAAAAGGAGGAGCAAUGAGGUUCUGCGCAGGGCCAUCCAAACCUACCAAGAGGUGGCCAGCCUGCCUGACGUCCCCGCAGACCUGGUGAAGCUGAGCUUGAGGCGGCGGUCAGACAGACAGCAAUUUCUAGGUCACAUGAGGGGUUCCCUGCUCACUCUGCAGAAAUUAGUUCAACUAUUUCCUGAUGACACUUCCUUAAAGAAUGACCUUGGAGUGGGGUACCUCUUGAUAGGAGAUAAUGAUAGUGCCAAGAAGGUUUAUGAAGAGGUUCUGAAUGUGACGCCUGAUGACGGUUUUGCUAAAGUGCAUUAUGGCUUUAUUCUGAAGGCACAGAACAAGAUCGCUGAGAGCAUCCCCUAUCUAAAGGAAGGAAUAGAAUCUGGGGAUCCUGGCACUGAUGAUGGGCGAUUUUAUUUCCACCUGGGGGAUGCCAUGCAAAGAGUUGGAAACAAAGAGGCAUAUAAGUGGUACGAGCUUGGGCACCAGAGGGGCCACUUUGCAUCUGUGUGGCAGCGCUCACUCUACAACGUUCAUGGACUGAAAGCCCAGCCGUGGUGGACCCCCAAGGAAACGGGCUACACGGAAUUAGUGAAGUCCUUAGAAAGAAACUGGAAGUUAAUCCGAGAUGAAGGCCUUGCAGUGAUGGAUAGAGCCCAGGGCCUGUUUCUGCCUGAAGAUGAGAACCUGAGGGAAAAGGGUGACUGGAGCCAGUUUACACUGUGGCAGCAAGGAAGGAAAAAUGAAAAUGCCUGUAAAGGAGCUCGUAAAACCUGUGCUUUACUAGAUAAAUUCCCCGAGACGACAGGAUGCCGAAGAGGACAGAUCAAAUAUUCCGUCAUGCACCCGGGAACCCACGUGUGGCCGCACACGGGACCCACGAACUGCAGGCUCCGAAUGCACCUGGGCUUGGUGAUCCCCAAGGAAGGCUGCAGGAUCCGGUGUGCCAACGAGACCAAGACAUGGGAAGAAGGCAAGGUGCUCAUCUUUGAUGACUCCUUUGAGCAUGAGGUGUGGCAGGAUGCCACGUCUUUCCGGCUGAUCUUCAUCGUGGAUGUGUGGCACCCUGAGCUGACACCCCAUCAGAGACGCAGCCUUCCUGCGAUUUAGCAUUUUGGGCAGGCUCAGGACACGCUGGAGAGAGGCUGCCUCUCUGGUUCAGUCACCUUGGAUGUGGGCAUAGACGUUCAAACACCACAGCCCUUAAUUCCCUGGAUUUGCAGCCUGAAAAAUUCUAAACCUCCUCCGAGGGUUGGAUGACACUAAAGGGAAUAUAUGCCUUGCUGCAAUUCUUUUAGAAAAUACCUGCGGUAUUUCAUCCAUGACAGCCCCCAUCUGAUGCCUGUAUUCCAGGUGAACCCAUGAUAGCUUCUACCUUGCCGGCCAAAGAUAUUUUUUCCACUUAGAAUAGGCGAAAUCAGUGUAAAUGAGAGUAUAUGUAGAAACUGUAAAUGGAUUGCUUUAGUUUUUAAUUUUUCUAUGCAAUUAUAUUUUUCUAGGGAAGCAGGAUGAUUUUGUCAUCACACACCGCUACUUUUUUGUUGAGUUUAAUGGCAAGCUGUAUAAACGCUUUAGUUCUGCUUAAUCGUAACUUUCCUGAUGAACUCAGACGUCCCUCUUUUAAUUAUUUUUAGUAAAAGGCACUCAUAUGAAAAAACGAUUCUAUUUUCCUAAUACAAAGGAGAAAGACAUAAUUAUGCCAAUGUCUUCAUGAACCGUACUGCUCCCUACCCAUUGCGUCUCUUUGCUUUUUUGUCACCAUUGAGAGCUCAUGUCUUAAUUUCUCUCCUCGCUAUGUGAAUGGUGGAGAUACUGUCAAAAUGGUAUUUAUUUCUAAGAGGAACUUUUUACACUGAAGAAGUACUUGGAGUCAUUUUGUAAUGAGUUAUAACAAUGAUGCAUGUAAAUUUUUUUAAUGUCAAGCACUAGGCAUUAGAAAACAAAAAGUAAAAUUUCUCCAAGUGAAAAUUUUCUCUUGGGAUCAGGUAGAUAGGGGGCUGCUAGGACACCUGGCUCCUGGUCUCUUUGCGUCUAUGAAACAGGGCUGGAAUCCAGAGUGUUUUCUGUUGGGGAUCCUUGUGAGUGAUGAGGCCGUUGAAAGGACUCCCAUCAAAAUUUUGUAAAACUAUGAAGGAUGGCAGAGUGGAAGACCAAGAAUAUGCCAGGAUCUCUGUCCUGCGUGUAGGAUGUAAAAAUCGCUUUCCUCUUUGAAAUUGUUUGGAAGACUCUGACAUCUCCCUGGCUUGAGAAACUUCUGCCAUUUGAGCUUCACUUUGAGAUGGCAAUCAUUAUUGAUAGUUCGGCUUUAAAAUUUCCUACUGCAUAGAAAGAACAGUUGCCUACUCGUUCCGAAGAUGACCACGUCAUUAAUUUAGAGGAAUAUUGAUGCAUUAAAUUUUGUGUUUUUUAAAUCAAAGCUAACUAGAAAUGUUAGCUAUAAGAAUGUAAUGAUAUUCAUGCACUGAAUUUUAAGCCAAUAUGAACAAAAAUGCUGGAGAAAUGACACAUAGGUUACCAGAUUUCAUUCGCAGGUAGAAAAAACACUUGUGCUUUCUUUUCCAUUGAAGGACAAAGAAAGAUGCUUCCUUUAUCUUAUUUAGAAAACAUUCUUUAAUAUUGAAAUGAACCCCCUUUGCUUGUCUUUAAGGACUUCAGCUUCCAGUCAGAGUUUGUAAAAUAUUUGUCCUCUUUCCUUCUGUUUUGCCAAUGUUGAAAAAUCUCACUAAAAUAGAUGAAGAAGCAUGUGAGGAAAAAUGUCCAAAUUAAUUACCGAAAUCCAGAAGAAAAAGCAAACUCUUGAAAAAUAAAAAAGCAUUUGUGUCCUUCAGUAUUUAUUGAACAGAAGAAAUGACUGACAAAGAACAAUACAAUCUAGUGUUCAUGUGGUAACAUUCAUGUCACUUACUGAAUUUGGUUCUUGUAUGUAUAUUGCAUACACAUAAAGAAAUUCAAAGUGUAAGUUGUCACUGUUGAACCAUCAUCUUUGAUUCAUUUAAUGAAAUCAUGGAAUAGAGUCAAAACUAGCUCUUAACUUAGUAAUUAUAGUAUGGUAUUUAAAAUCGGGUCACUACAGGAGGAUUCUAAAUAUUGCCGAUUGGAAAGCCAGAGCUAUUACUGCUGCAGAAUGUUGGCAAUAAUAGACUCCAGUAGCAUUUGAAAUACUGGAUCCCACAACUAUUUUAUAAACUCAAGUAAUAAAAUGGGUUUUCCAAUUCGCUUUAAUUCUUCAUCUUUCUUCCCUAUGUUGUGGUAUAUAAGAAAAGUGUUUCAGUCAUUGCAUUGGUAGAAUUAUUUCAGUGUUAUUUUUUUGUUAUUUGAAAUGUCUACACAAAAUGAAUUGGUUUUAUUUAUACUGUGAUGCAAUUGGUUAAGAAAUAUUUUAAAUUCUCUUUCAAUUUUAUUUCAAGGGUGGAAUACAAAAAUCACUUCUGUUAUUAUUUUCUACCAGUAGAAAAAAAUUAUAACACUAGAUCCAUUAAGAAAGAGACGUAAUACAUGAUUAAGAUUAGUAUCUAUUGAGGGUGAUUAUGGCCAGUUGAAUCACCUCUUUCCUUUGAAUUUUUUAGCCAACAAAUUAACCCUCCCAAGUACUUAACGUGUAAAAUCAUAUUUUACUGCUCAUUAUCAACUAAAAUAUUUUUUGUUUGACAUUGAGCACCAACUGGUCAUACUAAUGAAGGCCCAUGUCAUGCAGAUGGCUGGGAGAAUAAGAGAUAGCUAAGAACAUACACCUGGUUUCGGGAAACAUGGCACAAGUAAGGAUAUCAUAUCUUAUGAUAAUCUGCUUAUUUUUUAUCUGAUUUCCUUUGAAUGGAUAGCUGGGGACUCCAUUUCUAAGGAUAAUAAACAAAGAAAUAAAGUGAUCUUUGGCAUUUCAUCCUG